CUGAUUGGUUGGCAGGUUUGGUGGAUUUGAUUGACGAUUUAUUAAGUGAUAUCUGGGUCCUGUUGCAUAACUCUGCUGGCAAGACAGUUUUGUUGAUGAAAGAAGUUUGUGAUGAUGGUGGCUG